GCGUGGGUUCCCCGGAUGGAGCAGCCCCGCCAUCUUUACGCCAGCGCCACCAGUGGGUCUUGGAUUCAGCGGAGCGACGGUGCUGUUGCUGAUCCGCCGUCACCAGGACUUCGUCGAGCAGCCGAGAUUUUUAUUUCCCCCCUUCACCGCCGGGACGCUACAGCGGCACAGCCCCCCGCAAAACCAACCACCCGACCACCGCCAUGGCAGACAAAGAGAUAAUGGCCAACUACGUGUACCAGGCGAAGCUCGCCGAGCAGGCGGAGAGAUACGACGAAAUGGUGGAGUCGAUGAAGAAAGUGGCCAGUAUGGACAUGGAGCUGUCGGUGGAGGAGAGGAACCUGCUGUCGGUAGCGUACAAGAACGUGAUCGGAGCCAGACGAGCCUCCUGGAGGAUAAUCAGCAGCCUUGAACAGAAAGAAGAGAGCAAGGGCGGAGAAGACAAACUAAAGAUGAUCCGAGAAUACAGAAAAACGGUGGAGAAAGAGCUGAAAUCAAUCUGCAAUGACAUUCUGGAUGUACUGGACAAGCACCUCAUCUUAUCUGCGGUUGCGGGAGAAUCUAAGGUUUUCUACUACAAAAUGAAGGGAGAUUACCACAGGUACCUGGCAGAGUUCGCCACGGGUAACGACAGGAAGGAGGCGGCGGAGAACAGCUUGGUAGCGUACAAAGCCGCCAGCGACAUCGCCAUGAUCGAACUCCCCCCGACGCACCCCAUCCGCCUGGGACUGGCCCUUAACUUUUCCGUUUUCUACUACGAAAUCCUCAACUCGCCAGACCGCGCCUGCAGGCUGGCGAAGGAAGCGUUCGACAACGCCAUCGCAGAACUGGACACGCUGAGCGAGGACAGCUACAAGGACUCGACACUUAUCAUGCAGCUGCUACGUGACAACUUGACACUAUGGACCUCAGACGUGCAGGGAGACGGUGAAGAACAGAACAAAGAAGCACUGCAAGAUGCGGAGGACGAGGCCGCGAGAGACUGAACAACACGAGACAAGCUGCCCUCCUCUUCCUCCUCCUCUUCCUCCCCCUCAGCUGGGUUUAUACUGCAGCCCACUCUUUCUCUACCUUUCCCUCCACCUCUUCCCAUUUGUCACACCUUCUCUUCCUGUCUGCACGUCAUCUCCCGCUCGGGUCUUCAUCUCCACUCCCAGGGGUUUUACUUUUUUUUUUUUCUUUCUCCCCCCCCCCCCCCCCCCCC